AUGUUGAAAAUGCUCCUGUAUGACACCAUCAGAGGUGAGUUGAAAACGGAAGGAAAAGACAAAGCAUUGGACAAAAAUGUGAUCAAUGAAAAUAUAAAAAAAUAUGACCGACAUAAGCUGAGAGCCAUACUCAGGAAAUACAUUCGACACAACAAUAGACUGCUAAACUACCACAAAUACAAAGAAGUAAUAGACAAUUUUGAGCCAUUUAAAAAUGUGUUUAUCAUAUACAGUAAUAGCUUCUUAAAUAAAAACAAAAUUUUUAAUUACAACUUUAGAUAUUCCAAAAUUAUAAAAAUACUGUACCUAAAUAGAAAGGGGAAAAGACUUAUAUAUGGGGACAAAAAUUACAUGAAGGAAAACACCCUUACGAGAAAUAAAAAAGGGAGGAACACUGAAAGAAUAGGAUUAUUAAUGAACGAUAAUAAAUUCCGCAAUGAAGAUAACUCCAAUGAAGAAAAAAAAUAUGAUGUCAUUAAUUUUUUUUAUAACUUAAAAAAAAGUGAUUAUGAUAAAUUGGACAAAGUCAUUGACAAAAGCCUCAUAGCCCUGCCUUCAUUCAGCUACUUCGAUAUUUACCUAUUUAGCAAUAACAAAAAAUUAAAAUAUGAAAUUAAUAAGAAGAACAUAAAAUAUAUUGAUAUCAGUUCUGUCCUGUAUUACUUGUACGUCCCAGUAAUCAUUUCUUACAUCCAUUUAAAAGAUUUCCACAACGCCAAAAUUAAAUUUUUUGAAUAUAUCUACUUGAAGAGGAAGUUUAGACAAAUUAAUAAAUACUGUUCCGAAAGCGAAAAAAGGAAAUUGAAGAUUACCACCCUAAUUUCUUCCAAGCUGAAAAAUAAGAUAUAUAAUUAUUACGAUACCCUGCUGUAUGAAAAGAAGGCGUCUUCCAUCUUUUCUAAGUCCAAUGACGAGAAGGGAGAAAAGGGGGGGGGUAAAAAAAAAACAAAUAAAGGUAGUAUAGUGCUGCCAAGUAAAGGAAUCCGUACCAAAAUUAAGAACAAAUUUAUAUUGGCUGCAAGGAGAAAAAAACAUGACGACUCCUUCAAGGAGCGUGGAACGGGAAGCACCACCAUGGCAAUUAGGAAAAGCAAGAGGAAGAAUACCUCCCUGCGUGGAAGUGAUUGGACCUCCGCGUGUGAUAGCUUGUCAGUGGAGCCCUCAAACGAGUUGACUACACCGAAUGGAGCGGAAAUAUGUCCCCUCUCACUGAAAGACAACACACAAGUGAAUGAUAUUAAGGAUGGUACAAACAUAAUAGAUUGCAAUGAGCACCACAGCAAAACGAAGCAUCCACUUUCACCACACAUGCAAAAGACAAAAUUAUGCACAUCAAAAAAGGAGAAACAUAAAAAAAAAAAAAAAAAGAAGGAAUACAUGACCAUAGAUGAAUAUUUGUUAUUCCUAAAAAUAAAACACAAAGAGACAUCGCUAGAAGGACUAACAGACGUCGUAAGGAAUAUCCCCCUGAAACAUAAAAUACGCAGAAUAAAGAGACUAAAAAAUAUAAUGAACAUUGAAUACAAUGAGAAGAAAAAUAUAUAUAAAAAGGAAAAGAUCCUGAAGAAUCUGAUCCAAUUUAAGGAUAAAAAAUACUAUUUUUACAACUACUUUUUUGAUGUGUUGAUUUAUUUUUCGUAUUUUAAACAGAUAAACAUUGUGGAGGGUAUAUUAGUUAUGGCACUCCUGUACAGCAAGAUGAACUUUUUGAGCAUUUCAACUUACAUAUAUAAGAAUGUGUACCUCUAUUUUUAUUAUAUAUUCGAGAGCUACCAGAGGAAGUGGAAGUCCUUCGAUUUAAAUCAUGAGAUGAAUAAGCUGAACUCGUUUAAUGUAAAGGGGAAAGCAAAAACGGACGCUUCUAAUGCAAAGCAUUCCAAGUAUUUAAAGGACGAAAUUGCGAAAAGGAAAAAAGAAAAGAAAAAAAAAAAAAAAAAAAUGAAGACCAUGGCAAAUGUGCCGUCUGAUGUGGGGACCAUAGCGAGUGACAAACGGGAGAAUAGUGAGGCGGGCGAUUCCUGUGUCACUAAGUCUGGCGAGUUGGAUCCUAACAUACACCUCCAGGGCAGCCUCAGUGUGUCUAGGGGUAUUAACGACAAUGUGACGGCAAGAGGCGCAAUCGAUGCGGCGAGGGAAGAUGGAAAGGAAAGCAUAAAGAAAAACAAAUCGAAAAGGGAUGCGAAAAGCGAUGCGAAAAACGACAAUAAGGGAAACCACAACGAUGAUAAAAAGGAUGGUAAGGACAACCUUGCAGAGGAUGAGAAUGACAACUAUGGCAUGUGCAGCAUGUACGACGAGCUGGUGGUGCACACAUUUGACCACUUCCAGAGGCAGCUGCGACACAACAGCAAUUUUUAUUUCGUGGCGGACUGGCAGAAGGAGAACUCCCACUCCAGGUAUAGGAACUAUGCCUUUCUGAAUAAUUCAUUCAACUCCCCGCACCUGAAUUACAUCAACGACAUCGUCGUAGGGAAUAUCAUAAAAAAUGCAAUAUGCUUUAACUACAAGUACAUUUUCAAUGGAAUAAAAAGACACAUAUUAAUUUACCUUAAUAUAAUAAGUCAUGUAGAAACAAAAUAUAUAUUUCAUCAAAAUAAUUACAACUUAAAGAAUCUGAUUUACCAUCUGUACAUGGACAAGAUUCUAAAAUUCUAUGACAGUAACCUAUUCACGUAUGAGAAGAACUUGUAUGUACUAAGGAGAAUUAUUUUUUUGGACAAUGGUGUAAAUUUAUUUCACCCUAGUGAGAAUUAUCUAACCAAUGACUACUGCUUAAAGUCCAUAUUUUUUAAAAUAUAUUUUAAUCUUUAUAAAAAUGCAUCUCAAAAGAUGAACGGAAUGAAUGCUCGGUACAUGUUGGAUAAUCACAACAGUUGGAUCCACUCACAGCUAAUGCACCAAUACAGGAUUAACGUACGGGGCGAACAUGGGAAAGACAGCAUGCUCCAUUCGUUGAUCAACUUGGAGGGGAAGAAAAUGCAGUUGGCAGACAACCAGGUAUGUCCUUAUACAACUGCGUCCCAGCACGAUUUAGCAAAACAGAAAAAAGAGGAAGAUGGAGCACUGAGCGGCCACUGCGAUGGGGAAAAUAUACACCUAAGCGAUAACUCACCUGGUGGAAAUUGCCCAAAUUUUAAUUUCACUAUGGGUACGAACGAGCAGUUGAGAAGCCAUAUGCUUAGUAGCUACCUAACGAACGACUGCAGUCACGUGGGGAACAAGGGGCAAAAAAAAACAGGAAACGUAUAUCACGAAUUGAACAGCGUUGCAGAUUUUGAAAAUAAUAAUGUCAAGGAGGGUGAAGGUAAACACGUUUCCCAUUACAGGGAUCCCACGCGAGUGAAUAAAUUCCCAUAUAGCCACACCAUCUCGUUGCAUGAACCUUCUAGCCAUAAUAAAAUGUACAACUCGGAUGCUCCUUUGAACAAGACGAAAUCUAUUAUGAAAAGUGUCACCUUGGUAAGUAACCUGAAAAGUCGCUCUUCCAUCAACGUGGAGGCACAGAGCGAGUCGACAUUUGAUAAUACGUAUAGCGGCAACUCGAAAAAAUCGAAAUUAACAUUUUGUGAUGAGGUGGACAGGAAAAACAAAUUGGCUACCCCAAAGGGGGAAAGGAAAAACGACAAAUUUAUUGAAACCAUUUUUAAGAAAAAAAUUAACAAAAAUUUGUUCGGAAGAAACAGAAGUUUGAACGAAUCUGACAAUGAUUAUACUGAUGGACAGGACAAUUUGAACAGCUAUUCACUGAGAAAUUUUUUCAACUUCCCCAAUAAUGAAUUAAAAAUAUUAAUUUAUAAUUUUCUCUACCUCUACAUAUUUGACGAAUAUAUUUAUAUGAAUAUACAUAAGAAGGACAUAAGUGAGUACUUGAAUUUUUUAAAUGUGUUAAAGAAGAAGCAAAAUCUGAGGUACAAUUUGUACAAUUUCCUAUACCAUUCCAACAAGGAUAUUGGCAACGAAAUAUCAUGCUACAAAAAGUAUCUAAAGGAGAGGUACUUAAAUAAAAAUAAAAAAAAAGAUAACAAAAUGGUGUAUAAUUCUAUGUUUGGUGAGAACAGUAACAUCCAAGUGAAUAUGAAAAAAGAUCUAAAUGAAAAGUCCAAGACCAAAAGUUCCAAGAAAUUGUCCAAAAAAGACGAAGAGUGUAAAAUGGUUAGAGAACAUAAAAAAGAAGAGGCCUUCCAUCCAAUGGCUUCAAUUAUCCUAAUAAACAACCAAAAAAAAAAAUACAAUUCAAAAGCUAUUAAUUUGUUGAGAGAUACUUAUAAAAAAAAUUUUAUUAAUUAUCACAUCAAAAUUAAUGUAGAAAAAUAUGAACACAUUUAUUUCCUCUUCAUAAUAACAGAAAUGUUAUCUCUUAUUUUUUUGCCAUUCAUCAGUUCCCACUAUUACUUAGCCUACAUAAAAGGCUGUAAACAUCUGGGCGAGGGUAAGUUCACCCAGAUUGAGAGGUUUAGGCAGGAACAUAUACACCUCUUGUGUGACCGCACUAGUGAUGAUGGAGCCAGUGCGGAUGAUGUCAACGGAGAUAAAACAACUAUCGUAGAUGGUGCUGAAUGGAACUACAAAAGGAAAAGUGCAAAACAAAGUCGUAGAAAUACGCAAGAUCGAGUGAACAAGCGGAAGAAGUUACUUAAAAAUAGCAAGAAGGAUAUACCCACAAGCAUUUACAACAUCUUCAGUGUAAACACAGUUAACUUGUUCAAUUUUUCAAAUAAAGAAAAAAAAGAAAAAUUAUAUGAUUCUGAAGAAAUCAAAAGUAAAAAAAUCAACUAUCGAAAAAAUACCCUAAGUAAUAUCAAAAAUGAAACAGCAUAUAUACAGAAAUAUUCCUUGUUCAAUGAGAGGAGGGAAAAAUGGAAUGACGUCCUGUUGAGCCGAACGCACACUACCGAGAUGAAAAGAAGGAAAAGCACGAAAUAUGCCCACCAUGUGGAUCAUGGCAACUACUACAUUGCGCUGUACAAUGCGAAGGGAGUAAUAGAACAAAUCAGGAGAAGCAAAAAAAGGAUAACCUUCGAGGCAAAGAAUCUCAUUGAAAAUGUCUUCCUCUACAAUGAAUAUUACCAAAUUGAUACCUACGAAUUAAAUAAAAAAUUUCAUAGUAAGGACAAAUAUUUCCUCAUAAAAAAGUAUGAAAAAAUUGUGGCUCUCGCUUUUUACACCCGAUUUAAUUCGUACCUGAUAUUUUCCCUGUAUCAACGAAUAGCGCUACUGAAUUUCCUAUACUCGAAUUACAAUUUGGUCAUUUCAAUUCUAAGAUACAUUAACCAUGUACACUGUAAGAUUAUGAACCAGCAUGCACGUAGCCAUUUUUUUCAUAUGAACAAAUCUCCAUCAGUGUGUUCAAGGUCAGUUGGUCUUUCUCACCAAGGGGAUAAAGUAAAACAUACGGAAUUACCCGACAUGGGGAAGAGUAGCUUUUUCGCAGAUGAGCCCGAAAAAUGUGCCCCCUACGAAAACUCCUUCUUUUACAUGAAAGAUGAAGACAUUCACUACGAUGAUUACAUAAUCAACACAUACAGCACAAACUACAUUAAUGAUAUGAAUGCCGCUCAGGGUAGAGAUAACUCCCCUUCGUCUUUAAUCAAGUUUUAUCACAAACUAGGGGAUAUAAAAUCCUUCCGAUUUUCCAUUUUCUUCGACAUAUUUUUUGAACUGAAGGUAAAUUUUAACCACCUCAGUAGCGCACAUAUAUGUGUGCAGAAUUCCUUACGGUAUCUUUUCUUCUUUUUGAAAAAUGCACACAAGUGUAAUGUCAUCUUGGAUUUCCGAUUGAGCAAAGGAAGGAGGGGUGCGCUACGGGGUACAACUAACGAAGUGAUGAGUGGAUCUGUCGAUGAAGACAAUAACAUGGUGAAGCCGUGCAGUGGUACACACAGGAGUAAGAGUAAACAUUUAUGUGACGUGCUCAAGAUGGACUCCCAACGCAGAAGGGUAAAAAGUGAAGAAAAUUUACACUUCCAUAGUGAGAAUAUCUCCCAAGGAAAAGAAAAAAUACUGGACGAGUCGAAUCGAAAAUGUGGAGAAUCAUUUGACGAUGCCAGCCGUUUUGUACGUGCGGAUCAGAGUUACCCAUCGGUGGAGAAUAGCACAAGUUGUGAUGGAAAAUACGAUUCGCAUAAUAUUAACCAGGACAAAUGUUACACUGAAAAUGAUUGCCAUUCGAAUUGGCUUGAUAAAAUGGGGAAGGAGAUCAAAUGCCAGGCGAAGGGCGCAAAGGAAGAGAAUGCAUUGAUCACAUCAGACGGUGAAGAAUUGCCUACAUUCUUACCCAACAUGGACAUAAACAAACUAAGAAGUAGUAAACUCUUCUACAUCAUAGGUAUCUCUUUACUGAAGCAGCUAAAUACGAACUACUACUAUGAUAACAUGAAAGAAAUAAACCUCAUUUACGAGGAAGAUUUGGUUGGAAAAAAAAUAAAUGUAAAUAAUUUGUUAAAAAAUGAUUAUUCAUAUGUACUCAACUUGAGUUACAAAUACAUGAUAAAAAGCAUCAAGGUGGAUCCCAACCACCUGUUGAGUUAUUACUAUCUUGCAGUUAUCUAUUUGUACAAGUUAAAAAUUACCAAGUGCAUUUAUAUAUGUAAAAAUUUUCUAUUACAAAACUGCUAUAAUGUGUACGCCUUCGCAUUUUUUUUGUUAUAUAUAAUAGUUACCAGUUCUAGGUACACCAAUAUGGACGUACUUUUUACACACGGGGAUAGGAAGCUUUGUAAGGGUGAUACACAUAAGGGUUAUUCCAUCCAAACAACUAGUGGAAAAAGUAAAGGUGAUGGUAGCAAAAAUGACGCUCUAAUUAACCAUGCGAACAUUUUGCACAGUUACAAUGAACAGUACAAAGGGUUAAUUAACCAAUUAAGGCAAAAUGCCCCCAACUUUUAUAACGCUAUUACCAGUGCUAACAACCUGUUUCAUGCAGAUGAUGGGCAAAUGCCAGGUACAGGAGGAAGCUGUAUGGAAGAUAUUUGCAAGCUCGGAAAUUUUAUAAAUUGCAACGAUUCAGUCAGUGAAUGGCCCGUUAACAUUGUGAAGGGAAACCCAUGUGAUCUCCCUUCCGAAAGGGAGUCUAAUGGGAAAAGUGACAACCCAAGUGGUAGACAUGAUAAGAACAAUAGAGAACACCCGUUUGGUCCUAAAACGUCGGAGGUGAAUAUUGCUACUGGAAGAAUCCUCGCAAGGGGGAGAAGCGCGCUUGAUAAGCUGGGCACACACUGUACAGAGGGGAAAAGGAGAAGUACCCCAUACUGUCUUUACAACGAUGAGGAACCCCAAACUACAUCACCUAACAACGAAUGUUUUUUAAUCCUCACGAAAGCUAUAAACUACUUCCCGAACAACUGUUUUUUUUUUUACCUCUAUGUAUAUUACUUAAUUAAUUUUUUCGUAAUCUAUGAUAUCUUAUUUUCUUGGGAAAAAAAAACAGAAGACAAGAAUAGAAAGAGGACUUGCCCAAAUGCCCAAGUGAAACACUUGCUUCUUCAAAAAGCAUCACAACUGUGUGAUAUUAAAUCAAGCCCAAGUGAAAUCCCGCGCCCUACGGACCAGUUCAACUUUUUACUUGAAGAAAAAAAGGGAGAUGCGCACCUUACCCAACUGUACGAUGCAAUAUUUGACACAGACGAGAUGGACAACGGUGAUAGUGAUGAGGUUAAUUACACUGAUGAUGAAACUACUAGAAAUAGCGAUUCCUGGAGAGUGCCCAAAUCGACUCGUUUUUGUCCCAAUGUCCCAUUUAAUUUUAACAAGUGUACCAACUUAGCUAAGUGGAAGGACGAAGGGAAUAGACUUUUGACCAAUAGCAUUAAAGAAGAAAUUGACAGAAUUCAGAUUUCCCUAAAGAUUUUGCAAAAGAAGAGCAAUGCGAUGAAGGGUGAGUCCAGAAAGGGCGGUAGGGGUAACAAGGUUGUUGCUUCCGGGGUGGCUGCAACUUCCCCUCUCAUGAAGAGUGGUUCGGGUGACGGGUCACAAGCUGUUGCAACACAUGGUGGUAGUGCGGCUGAGGAUGAAAAGUGUGGAGAAUCUUGUCACGCCCGUAUUGAACAUGCUGCCAAUGCAAAUGUGAAGCAACAGAAUAAGGAAGACGAAGGCGUAAGCACGGAAGAGAUAAACACCACUUUUAUGGACCCCCCAUCAAUAUAUGAUACCUGCCCACACGAACUAAAAAGUAAAAUAAAAAAAAGCGAAUACAUUGACAUCAGCAAAGUAAAAUUGUUACCCUGCGUUAUGCCCAUACUGUUAGUAUUGUACAAAUACAUUUAUCAAAAAAUGCAAGAAAAAAAAAACUCAGACAUGUAUGUAUAUUUCUGUUUGAACACAAUUAUGUCCGUUAUUGAUCUGGGUAAGAUUAAAUGCGAAUUACAUGCACAGAGCGACAGCAACUACCAUCCAAAUGGUGGAAUCAACAACUGCAACUGCUUCUUUAGCUACGCGAAAGGGAGCGACAAAUUAUACACCAAGAAUUACUACUUUUCGGAGAGAGAUCGAUGCGGCGUGGUUAGCGGAAGUGGUGUCAUUGGUGGAACCUAUAACCAUUUUGGAACUCUCAACUCCCAGAGCAGCAUCAACAAUGUCAGAAACACCACCCCCCUAGUUAGUUGCGAAGUCAAGGGGACGCGAAAAAUUAACCUGAAAAAUGUCUACCUCGAAGCCAUUACCUGGAUCAGUGUGGCUGAAAUUCUAAUAUACCUGAGGGUAAAUGCCAAGCUCAUUAUUUACCUGCUGAACAUUAUAGACACAUACAUAAAAUUUUAUCUAAGUGUAAAUAAUGACAAUAACUAUUACAGCUACGAAAAUACAAGUUUUUUUUACAAUUUGACGCACCAGUUUAUGUGUCUAAAAUGCUUAUACUUGUUUUAUCUCUAUGCCAAAUGCAAAAAGAGGAAGAAAUAUUCAGACAGUCUUCUCCUGAGCAGAAAAGGAAGCAGUGUUGUUUGUCGCUUGUCACCAAUGGCAAUGUCCCCUUUUAUCGAAACGGUAAAGAAAAGGAAGGGCAACGGAAUGGGGAAAAUAUCAUUCCCUUUUAAAAAAAAUUUAUAUACAAAAAUACUCUUUUUCGAAAACGAAUAUGAAUUACACAAAGCUAGAAUGAAGUUGUGUGACCACCCCAAAGUUAAAGUCGACAAUAAUCACAUUUACUUCAAUGAUCGAUUUGGUGAAAAUGAUUUGAAGUUGCCUUUUCAUACAAAAGAUAAGAAAGAUUUGCGGAGGACAUUUUGGCCUCUGUGGAGGAAAGCCGAAAAGGGAGGUGCUGAUAAGACAGAAAAAAAGGAAUCCCUACAAAGGAAUGUACCAAAAGAGAACGCGAGCAAUGGUGCGAAAUGCGGCUCAACCAACAAAGCAGACGCAAAUAACAAAAUGAACAAAAAGAGUAUGAAUAAGAUUUACGCCGAUGAGGAGAAACUGUUCAACUCUUUUCGUGUGGACUAUGAGAGUGCCCAGAAAAGACAGAAAAAAUAUCGACUCGUAAAAAAUAUUAAAAUUUACUUAUCCGUAAUAAGUAAAAUUUAUUUCAACGAUAGAAAGGUUAAUAUUUUAUAUGCUCGAUAUUAUUUUUUGAAAAAAAAGUAUCUAAAAGUUAUUAGCAUUUUGUCUCUCCUGAAUGAGCAUUACAAGAAAAAGGACUAUUUCAUUAUGAAGAAGAAAAGGUCACAUGGGGAUAGUUGCCCAGGGAAACAUAUGAACAACUCUUGUGAACAGAAUACCUUACCAAGUCACUACCCCUUUCAUUUAAAUAACCAAACCGAUUUCGUCUACGAAUAUUUAAAUAUAUACAUGUAUUAUCAAUCCUUUGAGAAGUUACAAAAUUACCGCAAGUCUAAUUAUUACAAGCAUAUUUUGAAAGUCAUUUUUUUAACCUGCCCCAUCAUACCGUUUGGUUUGUUUCCGUUUAUAAAUUUGUGA